AUGUCGAUAGAAAUUGUGCAGAGAAACCUUCUGAAUAUUCUAGAGGCUAUAUCGGAUGCUGUAACAUCGUCUUCCGCCACCCAGAGGUGUCGAUUAGUUGCUGUCAGCAAAACAAAACCAGCAGAAUUAAUAGAAUCAUGCUAUACACAAGGACAACGACACUUCGGAGAAAAUUAUGUUCAAGAACUUGAAGAGAAAUCAGCCGUUCUAGAACAGAAAUGUCAAGAAAUUCGAUGGCAUUUCAUUGGACAAGUUCAAUCAAAUAAAAUUGGGAAAAUCUGCAAUUCGCCUGGAAUUUGGUGCGUAGAGACUGUAGAAACCGAAAAACAUGCCCGGCUUUUUGAUAAGGAAUGGUCAAAGUAUGGAGCCACGUCAUCCCCACUUCGCGUAUUCGUUCAAGUUAACACAUCUGAAGAAGAGAAUAAAGGAGGCAUUAGAAUCAGUGAAGCGCCCAAGUUAGCAGAGUUUAUCCGUAAAGAAUGUAUGAAUCUGAAGUUUGACGGAUUUAUGACUAUCGGAUCGUUUGAUAACAGCCAUUCGAGUGGUGUAAACCCAGACUUCGAGAAGCUCUUCAAUGUUAGACAACAGUGGGCGGAACAGAUAGGUGAAGCCGCAGAAUCAGUUGAACUGUCAAUGGGAAUGUCAGACGAUUUCCUUCAAGCAAUUCAUCAAGGAUCGACAAGUGUGCGGGUCGGAAGCAAGCUGUUUGGAGCUAGAGAAUACAAAAACAAGUAA